GCGCAAGUCUGGAGACGCAGGCGCACUUGUGGCCCCACGUCCGCCGCGUCCGGGGUUGACGUUUCCCAGUGGAGGCGGGGACACACAGCCUGCAGAUGGCGCCGCUCCCAGGGGCAGAGCUGGUCCAGAGGCCGCUGCAGCUCUACCGAUACCUGCUGCGCUGUUGCCGCCAGCUGCCUGCCAAGGGCAUCCAGGAGCAUUACAAACACACCAUCCGGCAGAGUUUCCGGGUUCAUGCAGAUGAAGACAAUCCUGAGAGAAUCCAGCAGAUUAUUAAAAGAGCCAUUGAAGAUGCCGACUGGAUCAUGAACAAAUAUAAAAAACAAAACUGAGACUCCGAGUGAAGCUGUCCUGGAGACACUGAAGUUGAGAGACCUCACUGCCCCUGGAACGAAUCAGUAGCCGCAGUUCUGGACUAUCCAUUGGUCUUGUCGGUUGAGAGAGCAAGAAAUCAGGGGUAGGAGAAGCUGACAUUUGCUCAGAUGGCUCUUCUCGGCAUGUUUGUGUCCCCAGUGACAUUUAUGUCAGCUUUUCCAGCCAGUUAUGAUGUGAGAUUUGGGGAGAAUGUAUUUUUUCACUUUGUUCUGGAAGUGAUUCAUUUAUCCUGGACGUCAUCCUUUGAGACCCAGAGUGGGUGUCCCCUCGGAUGGCAGCCUGCAUAGAUGACAAAGCAUGGAUUUUAGAACCAGACAGAUCUGGAUUUGAAUCCCAGCUCAGUGGAUUUUCAAGGGUGUUGACUUUGAGCUCGGUUUCCUCCCCUGUGAGAAUUAAAUAAGAUGAAGUCAAAGAGCCUAUCACAGGACAUGGUAUGCGGUGGUACCAGUAAACGUCCCACAGGGGAAGCCGUCCUCCCCGUCCCUCCUCUGCUCCCACAGUGCUCCACGCAUCUCUCUCUAGCCCACUCCGCAUCAGGUCUUGUUUGCCUGUGGACUCGGCCUGUCCCUGCCUGUUGCCUUCCCUGCCUUCCCCCAGGCCCCUGAGCGCUCACUGUUGCACUGCGCCCAGCACUCAGCCGAGCAUCUGCGCUUCCGGACGCUGCCCCUCCCUGCCCAGAGAAGCAGAGCCCUGGUCUUUGCCUUCAUGGAGUUUACGGAGCCCCAGAUGGGUGUAAUGCAGUCUGCAUGAAACGCGGAAGAACGCCAACAUGUAGCAUCGGCAUGUUUAACCUGCGAUCUGUCUUGAUUGUCCCUUCCUUCCUUUUGCCACCAUCUUGGAAGGAGGGGAAGGAGGAAGCCAACAAGCAGUCGUAUGGGUUCUUGUGAGCCUGAACUUGGUGGAGAAAGACGGACCUGGGUCACAUGGCAAUUCCACUCAAGUUGUGCUUGGGUAACUUACCUCGCCCCUGGCAGCCUGGUCCACCCUGUCUAUCCGGUGGAGUAAUGAGCGUACCUACCUCGAGGGCCGUGGAGAGGAGUAAUGUGUGCCAAGUGCUCUUGCAGCUACAGCCACUAGGGAGCCCUGCUUUGCAGGCAGGAGAUGGGAGCUCAGAGAGGCUGAGCCCCUUUUCAGGGUCACAAAGCUACUAAGCUAGGUCCGAAUCUACCAAACAGCACAGAUUUGGGAGGGAAAGGAGAGCAGCAGGGAAGGGGAGAAGGAAGGGAGACCGUGAGGGCGGGAGGGGGGCUGAAGAAGGAGGGAGAGCAGCAGGGAAGGGUUGGGGGACCUGGCCAAGCAGGUGGAGCAACCAGAAGACACAGAGAGAAGCCACACUGGGACCUGAGUACCCCGAAGGACUCUCAGCCAGAGCGAUGAGCUAGCAUGCGUUUGUGUCCUAGCAUUUAUAUGAUUUAAAGUGCCUCAGGUACAUCUAUGUGCACUCGACAGA